AGUGUAGCGGUGUUGUAACGUGAAUCGUCCCCCCACCUAGCAGAAGAAUGGCCGCACUGCGCCUCCCAGCGAUGUUUCAUUGAAUCCCGCAGCGAACCAACGGUCGGUUCGUUACACCGGGACGCAGAACGUCGGCGGGUCUUAACUACGAACUUGGUGGUGAAUCAAGACACAGCUGACACAGAUGAUCAGGAUACUGCUGGACUGAUGUGUACAGGGACAGGACUUUUGGAUUCUGAGUAAGAUGAAAACCUGGAUACAAACAGCAGCUCGCUCUCUCUCUGUCAGUAUCUGGAUGAUGUCGCAGCGUGUGGCGGUGGUCGGCGCCGGGGCCGCGGGACUCUGUGCAGCCAGACACAUCCUGUCCCGCCCGAACAGCUUCACCCCCCCGGUGGUGUUCGAGCUCACGGACAACGUCGGCGGCACCUGGUGCUACGAUGAACGCGUCGGGUCGUACGACAACGGACGGCCGAUUCACAGCAGCAUGUACAAAAACCUGAGGACCAACCUGCCCAAGGAGGUGAUGAUGUUCCCUGAUUUCCCCUUUGACCCCCAGCUGAACAGCUUCCUGCCCCAUCAGGAAGUUCAGAGGUACCUGGAGGGAUACUGCCAGAGCCACGACAUCCGGCCCCACAUCAGGUUCAACACGGCGGUGGAUAGCGUGAAGCCCGUUGUCGUGACAUCGGAGGGCGAGGAGUCGAGGACAACGUGGGAAGUAACGUCAUCUGAUUCAUCGGGUUGUCAGAAAACUGAGACCUUCGACGCGGUGUUCGUCUGCUCGGGGCACUUCUCUGACCCGCACAUCCCAGACAUCCCGGGGAUACAGAACUUUAAAGGAAAAGUUCUCCACAGUCAUGCGUACAGGUAUGCAGAACCGUUCUCCGGUCAGUCAGUGGUGAUUCUGGGAGCCAAAGCUUCAGGACUGGAUAUUUCCAUUGAACUGGCCAAAGCUGGAGCUCAAGUGACUCUGAGUCACGGUCGUCCACGGUUCACCUUUCCUCUGCCGCCUGAGAUUCGGCAGGCCAGUCCGGUGGCGGCGGUCGAGGAGGACGGCAGCAUUCGCUUCCAGGACGGGUCAGUGGGCGGGGCCGACGCCCUGAUGUUCUGCACCGGGUACAACUUCAUGUAUCCGUUCCUGGACGCGGCUCAGCUGGGUCUGGAGAUCCAGGACCACGUGGUGUCUCCGCUGUACCGCUUCCUGAUGCCCCCGGCCUUCCCCUCGCUCUUCUUCAUCGGCAUCUGCAAGAUGAUCUGCCCCUUCCCCAACUUCAACUGCCAGGUCCAGUUUGCUCUGGCCGUGUUGGAGGGAUCCGUCACUUUACCGUCUCCGGCCCAGAUGGAGGAUGAAGUCCGGGGAGAGCUGCAGGGCAAGAUGGAGCGCGGCGUCCAGCGGCGCCACCUGCUAAUGAUGGACCGCGAGCAGUGGGAGUACUGCCAGAUGCUGGCUCACACCGCCGGCUUCCCGCCGCUGCCGCCGGUCGUACGCAGCCUGUACGAGGAGGUGUGGCGACAGCGACAAGUUCACCCCGAAAACUACCGGAGGCUCAACUACCGGCUGAUCAGCGACACCCAGUGGGAGCUGAUCGACUGAUUGAUGGAGAAACAGUUGGUGUUAAACAGAAGGUGUACGAAUCAAAAUCAUCAUGGGACACAAUCAAGUGUUUAAACUGUUUCCAGCAAAUAGGAGCUUUAUGAAGCGCAUCACGAGGUGCUCGUUUUAUAAACUAAACCUUUAUUGAUUGUUGAUGAGGCUUCGGCAGCAGCAGCGCUCCAGAGAAACUGACGCCGAGCUCCGUUAACAUGAAUGAAGAAGCGGUCAUCAGAUGGAGUCGUGUUUUUUAGCUCGGUCGGUCCAGACUCAAACAUCUCCGCAGCUGUUGGAUGGAUGGUGAUGACAUGUGCUUCAGACCUUCGUGUUCAGGAUGAACUGUAAUAACUUUUCAUCCAGCGCCACCAUCAGGUCAACAUUUCACUUUGGUUUGGGACCAAAUACCUUCAGAGCUAAAGACAUUCCCAUCAGCCUCAGCUGUACGCUGUGUUUAUUACCGUGGCGCCUUAAACAGCAGAAUGUUUAUUCUUUUUCACUGUUGCUAGCAUGCUGACGUUAAUGUGCCUAAAUACAGCUCAGGGGCGCCACGUGCUCCUCCACAAAAAUGUGAGUACAUGUUGAGGCUACGGCGGCUACGUGGGGGGCAGCGGUGACUGUGAUUGGUCCGCCUUGUGUUUCUGAUGGUGGUGGAGGUUGUUGUUGAGUGAAGACCACAUGAACAAUAAAGACACAAUAAUAGUG